AUGGAUCCUACGAUCCCAAAACUGUCAGAUCCUUUGCUGACUGCUACUGAGGAAUUGGCAAACAUAUCAACCCCAGAUCCCCAUUCCCCCGAUUGCAUCUCUCCAUCUGCAUCUGGCCCCUCCAACACUCUCCGCAGUUGUAUCUUCUGUCGCCAGCGCAAAGUCAAAUGUGAUCGCCGGCAGCCCUGCUCCAACUGUCUCCGCUUCGAGCUGGAUUGCUCGUACCCAGCCGGCCGGGGCAGAGCCAAACGGCGGCCCCCGCUUGUUGAUCGCUUGCAGAGACUGGAAGACACCAUUAGGAAACUGGCCAGUCAGGUCGAUGCUGCAAAUACCACAGAUGGGACGUCUCCUGCGACUGAGGUUGGGGGUCAUCAUGGCCUCAGACGAGGGCAUCCCUCUUCUUCUACCUCCAACGACUCCAGCCCAGAUGCCUCCAUCGAUCAGCAACUCGGCCGUCUGAUGAUUGAUGACAGCAAGAGUUACUAUGUCAGCAACAUCAUGUGGGCCAACUUGGGCAAUGAGAUUGAAGAAUUGCGCGACAUGCUACACGACCCUGUCUCGGAAGAUGAAGACUACGUCGCCACUGACGGAUACAUGUCCGAGGCGGCUUCACCCCUUGGAACAAGCGCUGCUGUACUGGGCUUUCGCUCCCUGGGCCGUUCUCUUCGGCCGUACCAUCCGCCCAUGCACAUGUCGGUGGCUCUCUUGACAAUCUUUAGCGAGAAUGUCCUUCCUCUGGUGCACAUCUUCCACAUGCCCACCACCGGGCAGUGGUACUGGGAUACAAUUGUGUCGCUGGACUCGCUCAAUAAGAACACCGAGACACUUCUGUUUUCCAUCUACUACUCUGCCGUCAUCAGCAUGGACGAGGCUCAGUGUCUCAGCGUCCUCGGUUCAACACGCGCUGACGCUCUCGACAAGUACCGCUUUGCAGUUGAGCAAGCUCUCGCCCGUGCCAACCUGCUCAAUACGCAGAGUUUUGUCCUCCUUCAAGCAGCUGUGCUAUUCUUAUCAGGCUUACGCAACGAGGAUGACUCGAGAACAACGUGGUCCCUUACGUCGCUCAUCUUCCACAUUGCUCAGGCGAUGGGUCUCCACCGCGACGGAACCACGUUUGGACUUAAGCCACUCGACACGGAACUACGCCGGCGUCUAUGGUGGCACAUAUGUCUUCUCGACAUGCGCUCUUCUGAAUUCCACGGCUACGAGCCUAUAGUUCACGAGGGCAUGUUUGACACAAAACUUCCCUUGAACAUCAAUGACAGCGACAUCAGCCCCCUCAUGACACAAGCUCCCCCAGAGCAUCAAGGGACUACAGAAAUGACAUUUUGUCUGAUCCGUUGCGAGGGCAUGAGAGCUGGCUGGAAGGUCGGCUACGCGUCGCCAACACCAAAUGCUACAGCAGAUGGCGCACUGCAAGAUCGUGAAGCAGUGGUCCAAGAUCUCAAGAGCCGAUUGGAGGAGCGAUACCUACAGCACUGCAAUGACUCAGUGCCGUUUAUGCUCUUCACAUCUACUGUCGCACGUCUCAUUAUUGCACGCACUUGGCUGGUAGUUCACUACCCCAGCAGGCAGAAGCCAGACUACAGUUCGACUUUGAGCAAAGCCACACGGGACUUGCUAUUUACCACGUCGACUGAAGUGAUUGAACUUUCUAGCUUUCUCUUGGACAACAGCAGCAUCUCCAAGUGGACGUGGCACUCCAAAACCCACAUCCAGUGGCACGCAGUCAUAUUCGUCCUCUCAGAGAUCUGCUCCCGCCCCUCCUCUCCCGAAUGUGACCGGGCCUGGGAGUGCGUAAACACAGUGCACAACCGGUGGAACAUAAAGGAGAGUGGGAAAAGAGGCAAUCUCUGGAGACCCAUAAAGCGUCUAAUGGUAAAGGCACGUUAUGUGCGUGAGAUGCAGCAGAUCGACCCGACUUUCUGCCACUUGGGGCCGGCUGCACCAAUACCAUCCAAUACUACGUCAACGCCCAAUGUAGCUACAGGCCUGCAGCCAGGUGCAUUUCCAAGUAAUUUGCACAGCAUUGCCGGUACCGUGGCUUCGGAUGAGUACAUGGAUUGGAUGCUGGGAGAUCUGGGAAUAGACAUGUACGGGAGGAUGGCGGGGUGGGAUGAGAAUUUACAAUAG